AGCCUCACACACCAACUUUCAUGAUAGGCUAACACUCCAUACUGGUACCUGACUGCAAGCCGAGUCUCUAGUCCUCCCUCUUAGCACCAAAAUUGAUGCCUCUGGUGGCGUCUCAGUGAGAGAGACACCACCUUCGGCCCAUGGCCGAUAUUCUGCAGGCUCCUACACUAGGAAAGAACAAUAUUCUAAAGGAGAUACCAUAGGCUACAAACCCUUUACAUCUGUUCUGCUCCGAGGGUAUUUUCUUUGAGUGUUCUCCAGCCAGAGGUAACCAUGUCCAGGAGGAAGGUUAGGGGACUGACGCGAACGGGGCGGCAGGUGAGCGAGGACCCUGAUCUGGACAACCUGCUGUCCAACCUGUCCCCUGAGGAGAUGGAGGAGCUGGAGAAGGAAGUGUUGGUGAUACCGGACCAGGAUCCCAACGAGGGAAUAGUCAUAGAACAACCUGCCACUAACGCUGUCCGGGACCGGGAUGCUAAGCUGGACAGCCGAGAGCGUCCAGGGAAGCUCAGCCAAAGGGAACAGUCUAUUGAGGGAGAACCCAAGAAGGAGAGCCGGAAACAAGAGUACCUGAGGAAGAUGGGCCUGAGUCAGGAGGGGAAGGAAGGAGGAGGGAUCAGGAGGCAAUCAAGUAUCUCCACUGAACGAGAGAACAAGAUGGUGGAGAGAAAUAACAAAGGCCCGGACUGUACUAAAGAGGACAGAGCCAGCCUGUCCAGUAGAUACAGGAGAGAGGAGAGCAAAGAAAAAUAUGUGAAAGAGACCCCUAGAGAAAGCUUCAAAAGAGUUGAGAGUAGCAACACUGACGUGAAAGAUACAACUAGAGACAGAUUCGGGAGAGGGGAGAGUAGGGACAUUGUAGAGAAAGAGGAUGCCAAAGAAAGAGAUAAAAAUGAGGAUAGCAAGCUUAAGGAGAAAAGAGACAAUAGAUUGAGCACCAGUAAUAAGACAAAAGAAAUGAUCUCCAAGUUACAGGAGAAAAAGGAAAAAGAGGAGAUCAAGGAGAAAGAAAGAAAGGAGGAGAGUAGGAAAAGAGGUGAAAACAAGACAAGGGGACUUGUGUCAAAGUUGGUGGAAAAGCAAAGUCACAUUGAAGAGAGUAAACCAGAAGAUAAGAAAUCCAGAGUGGAAGAGAAAGACAAGCCCAAUAAAGACAAGUUUGACUUGAAACUUGAGCGUCAAAAGUCCUCAAAAGAAGAGGAGAGCGGAAGUGAGAAGGAAGAUCCUAAGGAGAAAGUGAAAGAAGAUGGUAAGGAUAAUGAGAAAGCCAUGGUGUUAAAAUGUAAGGACAGUAUGAAAGCGAAAUAUAGGAGUAUCACAGAUAAGGAAACAGAAGAGAAAAAGGGAAAAGAUUUGAAUGAAGGACUAAAAUCCAUCAAGGGUGAUGAACAACGUGGGAACUGUGUGGCGAACAAGAGCACACCUAGCAAGCCCAAAGUAGAGGAGGAAGAAGACGAGGACUCCAGCAUGUUCGAUGACCUCAUAGAGCAGGUUCGCAGCAACGACCCCACCAUGACCGAGCUCAACGUCAACAACUCUGAGGUCAUCAAGGCUAAAACACUCAUCCAGUUUGCAGAGGCCUUGAAUAAAAACACCCACAUUAAGACAUUCGCCUUGGCCAACUGCCGUGCUGACGACCAUGUGGCCUACGCCAUCGCUGGCACCUUGCGCAGCAACACGUCCAUCACAAGCAUCAACCUGGACUCGAACCUUCUCACCCCCAAGGGUAUAAUGUCCCUGAUCCAGGCCUUGCAGAAAAACACUACACUCACCGAGCUGCGCUUCCACAACCAAAGGCACAUCUGUGGGGGCAAGACAGAAAUGGAAAUGACCAAGAUAUUGAAAGACAACACCACCCUCCUGAAGCUGGGCUAUGGCUUUGAGCUUGCCGGCCCACGCAUGACCAUGACCAACAUCCUGAGCCGUAACAUGGACAAGCAGCGACAGCGGCGCCUACAGGAGCAGAAGCUGGCCCAGGCCAAUGGUGAGAAGAAAGGGGCGCUGGAGGUCCCCAAAACUGCUGGAGGAUUCCUCCGGGGUUCCCCCAAGGCUUCCCCUACACCCUCCCCACAUCCCUCACCAAUGCCCUCGCCGAAGUUGACUCCUAAAAGAGGACGAGGAGGGGGACCUCCUCCACCCCCUCCUCCUGGAGGACCACCCCCACCUCCACCGCCCAUGCUGGACAUAGACUCCCUACGCAACUCCCUGACGCCUGCAUCACAGAGGAAGAUGGAUGAUAAGGCCAAUAAAGCCGGUUUUAACUCCAGGGACCAACUGCUGGACUCCAUUAGGAAUGCCAAUAUGAAGAAACUGAAGAAGGUUGCGGUACCAAAGCUGUUGCAGUAGUCCUCUGGAAUCGAGACCAUAACCCAAGAAAUAGGAAGGACAUAGAUCUCACAGGUGGUCUUGAGCGUGGAUCAAAACUCCUACACAUCCCAUGCAUAGAUAGACACACAGUCUGACCACUGUGCUGCGAGGUUGAUAAGGCAGGCAAGCAGAGAAUGAACAGAUGAUUUCUAUUGGAUGCACGGCUUCCACUGUGCCGUGAGUUCUCUCUAAGCUAUACACUGGACCGCAGGGACCCUGUGGAGGGAAUUUUUCAGCAGGACGUGCCCUGAGGUCCUAUUUGUCUGCCUUUGUCUGUGUUGAUACUUUGCCUGUUAUUUGCACUAGAUUAUGAAGAAGUUCAUAUGGUAUGUGGACAAGCAUAUGUGGCAAGACGUGUACAGUAUAAUGUGGGAGAGUGGUAACUGAAAAGCAGGUCAAACAGUUUUCUGUAAAUUCUAUACAAAUCUUCUUUAACAUUCAUUGAAAAAUUGGACUGUAAUUUGACAGUUUAUUUAUUUGUGGAGGGAAUCACCUCGUGGCUUGUGACAUAUAAUUUUGCCAAAACUGCUGAUUCUCCAUGGUAUAUUAUCAGGGAAUUAAAAUGGGGUUAGACUUCAACAAUUCACAGGGGGAGGAGAGAGGUGGUUUGUAAUGUGUGUCGUUGCCAAAUCUCAAGACUGACAUCUCAGGCAAAGUUUUCACAUAAAAAGCAACCCAGUCUUCUUUGAACGAUUCAGUAUGAAGUUCAGUCUGAUUUGGAUGUAAGAAUGGUCGCUCUUGUUGUAAUAACAACGUUAUGUAUAAAGCUAUUUUCAUACAUUUUACUUAGUGCAAAAAAUAAUAAUUCUAACAGAAGAAAAAAAACGACACUCAAAAGCAAAGACAACAAAUCAUAGAAUACUAUUUACAGCAACAACGAUGCAAAUAUAGUCUUACUACUAAGGAUGUCAAAACAGUUUAUUUUAUUAACAUGUUAGAGCAGCCUUGUUGAGCUAUGCAAUACUAGCUCCCGAGUGGUGCAGCGGUCUAAGGCACUACAGACCCUGGUUCGAUCCCGGGCUGUAUCACCACCGGCCGUGAUCGGGAGUUCCAUAGGGCAGCGCACAAUUGACCCAGCGUCGUCCUGGUUAGGGGAGGAUUUGGCCGGGGUAGGCCGUCAUUGUAAAUAAGAAUGUGUUCUUAACCGACUUGCCUAGUUAAAUAAAAAGUUAAAUAAAAUACAAAAUAAUAAUAAAUAAAAUAAAAACUUUAAAAUUGGAUGUGAUGUUGUACAGAGUGUCUCGCUGCUCUAAAAGUGACUAUUGAUUAUUUGUAUGCAUAAUGUGGUUUCUCUGUCAUAUUGGACUUCACUAAUUUUACUUACAGAGCUUGUGUACCUUUUAAUAAAAUGUACUUCUAUGUUUGCAAUUGAAAGUGUAAUAUAAUCAACUUUAUUUUAACAACUUUGCAAUGAAGUACAACAAGAAUAAAGGUAAAAAUACUUUGUCUAACAACAAGAUACCGGAUGAGGUAAUAUCUAUCCAUUAUUUGAUAGUACAGUACUGAGAAAGAAAAUGCUAAGGAUAAUUUUACUGUAUUUUGUUUAAAUGUUAAACUUCUAUUAAAAAAUAUUUUCCUUUCAGGGGGACAUUCCCAUUUUUUUUUUUUUUUGCUUUAUACAAUUUCUUCUGCUUGAGAAGUAUUCAGUAGGCUAUGUCUGGCUAUUGCUUGGUUGACAGAAUCAGGAAUAAUUUCCAGCAUCUAUAUUAGAUAUGUUGUCUUGGUAGAGCCCUGUAACCUGCACUGAUUUCGAAGCUUUGUGACCGAAUUGACCAUUCUGUGUGUCAUGCCGAGUAUAAAAUGUCAAAUGGAUCCUAAUAAAAUGUUUGCGUACACACACAGA